AGUGCCGAUUCCGACACUGUGAAGAGGCCCUUGGCAGUGACACUGUGUGCUCAUUAUGGAGAGAGGGAAAAUGUUUAGAUCUACUUUGCAGAUUUAGACACAUGGAAAUGCAGCAAAACUGCAGCAUUUCAUGCUUCUGGGAAACUCAACCUCUUGGUUGUGUAAAGAUCAGUUGUAUCUUUUAUCACAGCAAACCUCGAAAUAUCAAUGGAUUAUUUUUGCCACCAAGUAACAAUAUCACACUACAGAAAGAAACUCAGGAGGGUAUUCCACCUCUGACACAGAGUCAGGAACCCCUGAAAACUCAGGAGAAUAUAUCACGACCCAUUCAUCAUCCAUUAGUUUUAAAAACUAAUUUUGAGGAAGAAGAGGAAGGAGAGGAUGGACAAAAUGAUGCUUCUAGUUUAUGGACAAAGACUCCUGAAGAAAUUGAAGAAAAAAGAGCAAUAAAGGAAAUGUGUUAUAAAUCUGGUGAAUACUACAGAUUUCAUACUCCUUCAGAUGUUUCAUCAUCAAAAAGUACAACCUCUAUACCAGAAAAAGAAUCAGAAAAACCUCUGGAUAGUGGCAGUGAAUUGCAAGAAGGGGAUGGUCUUACCGUUCCAACAAAAUUUAGCCUAUUUGAAAGGCAAGGUGAGAUAAAAGCAUCACUGGAUAGGAAACCAAGGACUGACAUUGCUGCUUUUGAAAAUGGAGGAGGUGAUUGCUAUGUUCCACAGAGGAUCAUAUUUCUUGGAGUAGAUGAAAAUGAAGCUUUAACUGAAGAGAAAGAUAUUAUCAUAUCAAAAUGUACAGAUACUAAAGAUAACAAGGACAGUCCUCAUCCAAAGCGUUCCCUAACUACCCGACUAGUACCUACAACGCACGUAUUAAAUGCUACUGAGAAUAUCAGUAUGAAGUGCAGAGAGGACCCCUCUUCAAUGAAUGAUGUCCAGCCAGUGAGGAAGCCUCAUUUUAAAGGUGUGAAAAAGAGAAAAUGGAUUUAUGAUGAACCAAAGAACUUCUCUGGUCCAGGAAUGAGGAGAGCAGCACAGGCCCAAAAUACCAAAAAUAAAAUGAGCUAUCAUCGCAAUAAUAAAAACAGAAAUGCUGAGAAUGCAUCCUGUAUCCAUGUUCAGAGAGAUGCUGUUAGGACUGUCUCGCUGAAUGCCCCUCCCCGAAGCAGGCCCAUUAAUGCGUCCUACAACAAAGUGGAUGUGAACAAGGAACCCAAACUCAACCUCUGUCCAGACAAAUAUAUUUCAACAUCCUAUAAUGGUUCAGCCUGGCGAAAAAGAAUCCCUUUUUCAAAAACAUAUUCAAAAACAGAAAAGAUAUAUACAGAGCCAAGAAGAAAUGGAAGCAAGUAA